AUGUCACCGUCCAUACCGAAAAACAAAUAUACUGCAUUAUCUAAUUCUUCAGAUCUAGCGUCAACUUCACCAACAACAAGUGGAAACACGCUUUUCUCAUCAAACGGGCCCAGCCAGAAACAUUCACCACAAGCGCAUGACAACGAAGAAGAGUUUGAAUUAGAAACGAUAAAUAAUUUAGAUUAUGAAGUACCGCUUGAAGAGGGUGACGAAGAAGAAAGACGCCAACGUGGUUCAUCCAAUUUUGGAAUAGAAACGUUUCCCCAAAGUACACCAUCAUCAUCGUCAUCAUCGUCAUCAGGAUCAUCGAAUAUGAAAAUGGCAUUCAUGAAUAUGACAAAUUCUAUAUUGGGUGCAGGAAUCAUCGGCCAACCAUUGGCAUUUCGAAAUAGUGGGUUUUUGGGUGGGAUUUUAGUCAUGAUCGGAUUAACAGUACUUAUUGAUUGGACAUUAGUUCUCAUUGUUAAAAAUUCCAUUUUGGCACAACUGAAAUCAUAUCAAGAUACAGUAAAUCAUUGUUUUGGACUAACGGGUAAAAUCGUCUUGCUAGUAUCCAUCAGUUCAUUUGCAUACGGUGGAUGUAUGGCAUUUUGUGUCAUAAUUGGCGAUACAAUCCCUCAUGUGUUAAAAGCAUUCAUACCUAGCUCAGUCACUGAAGGUGUAUUUGCUUGGCUAUUUAGUCGGAAUGUGAUUAUUGUCCUAUUCACUGGUUGUAUUUCUUAUCCGCUAAGUCUUAAUCGAGAUAUUUCAAAAUUGGCAAAGGCUUCCGGAUUCGCAUUAUUGGGAAUGUUGACAAUCGUUGUUUUAACUGUGGUGCGUGCUCCUUUCAUUUCAUCCGAUUUGAAAAGUAAAGUAACUGGAUCUCAAUGGCUAUUAAAUAGCAAUAUUUUCCAAGGUAUUUCAGUGAUUUCAUUUGCUUUGGUGUGCCAUCAUAAUACAAUGUUUAUUUACCAAUCAAUGCAGAAUGCCACUUUGAAAAAGUUUACUAAAUUGACUCAUAUUUCAUGUUUUAUAUCAAUGAUUUUCUGUAUGAUUAUGGGAAUUAAUGGGUAUUUGAAUUUCGGUUUAAUGACAAAGGGAAACAUCUUGAAUAAUUUCAAGAGUAAUGACAAUUGGAUCAACAUUGCUCGAUUUUGUUUUGGACUAAACAUGUUGACUACAUUCCCGCUUGAAAUUUUCGUUGUUCGUGAUGUCCUCAAAGAGAUUCUCCUAAGUAGGAAAGCUAUCGACGGAAGCACAUCGCAUUUAGAAUUGACGAAAUGGCAACAUUUCGCAAUCACAUCUUUACUCGUAUUCACAUCAAUGGCAGUCAGUUUAUUCACAUGUAAUCUAGGGAUGAUUCUUGAACUUAUUGGAGCUACAUCAGCAAGUCUAAUGGCAUAUAUAAUCCCACCAUUGUGUUAUUUACGAUUGUCUUGGUUACAAUUAGAUUGGACACUGGCUCAACCAUGGGAAAAGAAACGGUUUGUGAUUCGGAAAGCUUUGCCUAGUGUUGGGUGUAUUGUGUUUGGAUUUGCAGUCAUGUUUAUUAGUUCAGGAAUGACAAUUAGAGAUGCUAUACGAAAUAAGAAUGGUAGUGAUAAUUGUGUAAUAGAUUAG